AUGGAAUCGUGUGACUCACCCCUGGAAAGCUUCAUUGAAAGCACCAGCGUUUUGGAGCAGCAGAUCCUUCAGCUUUUGCACACUUUGGCCGGUAGCAGUGAGGCCAUCCGGAACAGUUUGGCAAGACAGAAGGAGCAUUCAGUGGCACUUUGGUCUCCGCAGCGAUUCACCACUUGCGGUGAAGCAAAGGAAGGACUGGAACUACCGGGUGAGUUGGCCAGCCCCCGCCCUACCACCUUCACCUCGAUCGUCCCAGCCCAGCGUGGCGGUCUUUCGCCACCGGUGCCCACGGUCUCCGCGGUCUCGGUCGGGGUUUGCCGCCACACCGUGCAGCAGGCGGUUCACUCGGCAGCGAAGGAGCCGGAAGUGAAAGAGGUGGAUCCCGGGCAAACGGUCUUCAUCGAUGCCAAAGCCCUGAAGAAGAAGCUGAAGGAGGAUUUGUGCAAGGAGACUUUGUUUUUGUUUAAGGCAAAGCCGUAA